CUUUUCACAUACCUUUCUUCUACCCCCAUUAAACAAUACCCAUAACGAACACCCGCCAAAAUCAUCAAAGGAAAUUCCUUUUUCAUUUGAUUCAAUUUCUCCAUAAUGGAGAACUCAUCGGAGAAUUGCAACGUCAAGGUCGCAUUGCAUAUCCGCCCUCUCAGCCGCCUGGAGCGGCAAAACGGCGGCAAAGAAUGUCUCGACGUCGUUCCGGGGACAGCUAAGGUGUUAAUCGAUAAAAACUCGUUUAUAUUUGAUCAUAUUUAUGGAGGAGGAGGUUCUCCAUCAAUCAAUAUGUUUGAAGAGUGUGUCAUGCCUCUCUUAGAUGCUUUGUUCCAAGGAUACAAUAGUACAGUUAUUGCAUAUGGUCAGACAGGUUCAGGCAAGACAUACACAAUGGGCACCAAUCCAAAAGAAACCUCCCACAAAGGACUGAUUUUUCAAAUCAUGCAAACAAUAUUCAACAAGAUGGAGACACUGAAAAACGAAAGUGAAUUCCAAUUGCAUGUUUCCUUCAUUGAGAUUUUAAAAGAAGAAGUGAGGGACUUAUUGGAUUCAGCUGUUAUUGAAAGAAUAGAAACAAGUGAUGGAAAUCCUGAGAGUGUGGCUCCUGGAAAGCCACCUGUACAAGUUCGCAAAGCAGCAGAUGGAGCUCAGAGCCUAAAUGGAUCAACUGAAGUUAGUGUUAGCACACAGAAGGAAAUGACAGCUUGCUUAGAGCAAGGAUGUUUGAAGAGAUCAGUUGCUUCAACAGAUAUGAACACUCAAUCAAGUCGUUCCCACGCAAUCUUCACCAUAAUUUUAGAACAAAAGGAUAAAAAUAAAGGUGAAGAAAAUCCAAUCGAUUGCAUGGGUGAAGAGUAUCGAUGUGCAAAGUUACAUUUGGUGGAUCUUGCGGGAUCUGAAAGAGCUAAGAAAUCAGCAACUGAAGGAGUUCGAUUCAAAGAAGGUGUUCAUAUCAAUAAGGGGCUUUUUGCACUUGGGAAUGUUAUUAGUGCCCUAGGAGAUGAUAAAAAGCGGAAAGAAGCACAACAUAUCCCUUAUCGAGAUAGUAAACUUACUCGGUUGUUACAGGCUUCACUUGGUGGGAAUUGCAAAACUGUUAUGAUAGCUUGUGUCAGCCCUGCUGAUUUUAAUUUUGAGGAAACUCUUAAUACUCUCAAGUACGCUAAUCGUGCUCGCAAUAUUCAAAAUAAAGCGUCCGUUCAAACAGAAGUAUUUCCUGUUGACACACACAAGUUGAGGCAACAAUACAGGUUGUUGCAGGAGGAACUUGCUCACAUGAGGGAAGCUGAAAUUGUUGAAGUCCAGGAUCUGAAGAGAAAAAUUGAUUGGCUAGAGAAUACCAACACUGAACUUCUCGAAAAGAUUAUUGAAAUGAAGGAUCUUAAGAGAAAAAUCGAAAGGCUAGAGGCUACCAACUCAGAUCUUCUCCAAAAGAUUAAUGAAUACCGCAAUAAAUGUGCUGUUGUGGGCCAUUCUGAGACAGAUGCUCGAGAAGAUAAAAGAGGCUCACGAUACAUAAAAUCUCCAGAGGCAAUCACUGAACCUGUUACAAGUGAUGAUAUUUCAAGCAAAAAGUUGAAAGAACCUGAUAAAAAAACAAUAGAACCCGAGCAUGAAAUUCAACAGAAUAUGAUGCACCAAGAGUCGAAUAAUUUGGACAAACCUUUGGAACAGAAAGAGAUCCCGACUUGUUUGCAGUCUGAGAUGAAACUUGGAUCUGAUGACAUGGAAGAACUCGAACAACGAUUUGGGAAGAAAAUCACAGCUCUCGAGGAAGAAAAAAGAUUAUUGCAGCUAGAAAGAGAUGAUUUGCAAGCUGAAAUUACGCAUCUUGAAUCUAUGAGUGAGCCAACAUCAAAUGAGCAAACAAUGAAUACAGAGAAACUUGAAGCAAUGGAGGAGAAGAUUUCAGAAUUGGAAAGAAAACACGAAGCACAGGUUGAUGUUUUAAGGCAAAAAAGUCAUGAUGCAAUGAAACGACUACAAGAUGAGAUAAGUCUUAUUAAGAAGCAAAAGGUUCAACUACAGCAGAAGGUGAAAGAAGAAGAGGAGCAGUUUCGAAAAUGGAAGGCUUCUCAAGAGAAACAAAUGAUGCAGAUAAAAAAGGAGAGCAGGAAGACUGAAAUCGAAAGGCAUAAGUUGCAAGCUCUAUAUCAACGCCAAACACAGGUUCUUCAAAGGAAAACAGAAGAAGCUGCAAGAGCUACCAAAAAACUAAAAGAGUUGCUUGAAUUGCGCAAGGCUGCAAGGCGAAGCGAAACUGCAGCCUCCAAACCAAGUGGACAAAAUCGAUCUGGACAGAUCAAAGCUUUAAAGAAAUGGCUUCAUCUUGAACUUGACAAGGUCAUGAAAGUGUAUAAACUACGUAUCGAUCAUGAAAAGAAAACUCAAAGCAAUGCAAAACUUAAAGAGGAGUUGUCGUUACUUAAGCAAAUGGAUAAACCUUCUUCUCAUGUACCCAAGCCUUCAGCUUCCGCAGAGGAGACCAAACCCGCUAGAGGGCGUUCAUUAUCACCAAAUGCAAAAGCAGCUAGAGCGCGUUCCUUGUCACCAAACGCAAAAGCAGCUAGAAUUGUUUCACUUGAAAGCAGGGUGAAAUCCUGCACGGCUUCCCUUGCCAUCAUAACUUCAAAGAUUCAAGAGGCUGGGCGAGGACAUGAUGUUGCCUCUCCGGGACGUUGGAAAGGCUUAGUGUCUUUAGGAGAUGCUAAGGAUUUGCUUCAGUACUUAUUCAGUAUUGUUAUUGAUGCAAGACGCCGGUUGUGGGAAAAGGAAAUUGAUCUGAAGGAGACGAAAAGCCAAUUUGAGGAGCUUUUGUCACAACAAAAUAACAAUAAAUGUGAUCCUUCUUCACAAACAACCGCUAUCCAACCUGCAAAACUAAGCUCAUUAACUAAAAAAUGGAAAGAAAUGGAAGAACAAGCUGUGCAAAAUACUCCUGUACAAAAUACAAGGGACAAGACACCUACAAGGAAAUCAAGAGAAACAGAGAAGCAACCUGCUACUAGCGCCUCGCUUCCUCCAUUAAAGGGAAAGGCUCCAACUACGUUGGAUAUAUUUGCAGAUAUGGGUAUUGGACCUCCAUUACCAUUUCCUGAAUCAAAGGAAAGCGACUCUAAUGCUGGAAUCUGCAAUCGUCCAGUCAAAGUCCUUUAUAAACAAACUGAAAAGAUGAUACCAAUUGCACACACGUCGAUGAAAAAAGCACCACUUGAAGAACAGAAGGGGAAAGUAUCGAGGUGGAGGCGAGGGCAUGAUGAAUGGCUGAUACAGUUUAAGUGGAAGUGGCAAAAACCAUGGAAGCUUGGGGAAUUGUUUGGAAGCACUGAUCAGAUUAGAAACAGUGAUGAGACAUUAAAAGGUCAAGAUCUAUCUACAAGACUUGGUCAAACCACAUGAUCGUUGACCUUCAUUUGAUGGGUUUAAAUCCAAUUAGAAGAACAUCCCACGAGAGAAAGUAAUUGCGACCUUCAAAGGUGUUAGAAUGUAAAUAUUGUAGGAAUUAGCUAUGACCCAAUUAACCCAUGGGGAUGUAGGAUUUCCUAUAAUUAGGGUUCCUACUUGGUUUUGUAUAUUUUUCAUGUAAAGAUGAACAAACACUGAGGUAUUUUCAUUUUCACAAGGUCAAUCUCUUUCUAGUUUACAAAAAGUAUAACUGGUGAAGUGAUUCAUCAAUUUUUCUGUUAGAAACAAUCUUUUGUAUAUAACAACAAACUGUAG